GGGUAUAUCUUGUGAGGAGCAGGGUCUCAUAUAAGUGCCACCUGCGUGAACGUGGUAGAGGAGGGUGAUUUACAGCACGCCGACGGUUGAGGGGGGUGUGGUUCCCGACUGGUCCGCUAGACUACUUGUUGACGUCACCGGAAAGAGGAAGAUGUCGGCGUCGGAGUUGAAGGACAAGGCGCUCCAGAAGGCGCAGGAGACGUCGCAACAGGCGAAAGAUGUGGCGGCGAAGGGUGAGGAGGUGGUCCCAGAGAAGGCAAAGACCCUGUUCCAACGCUUGAAAAGCAUGGGUUACAAGCGAUGGGCACUGGUGUUGGCGACGUUGGGAGGGGUGUUUACCGCUCUGGCGACCCCGGUGCUGCUGGUUGUCGGUCUGCCAGCUCUCGUCGUGGUGGGAGGCAUCCUCCUUCUCUUCUCUCCACUCAUCCUGGUCACCUCACCGCUAUGGAUUCCCGUCGUCCUCUUCUUCCUCACUGUCGGUGGAGGUCUGGCGGCGACUGCGGCUGCGAUCUUCGGCCUGUGGUGGUUGUACCGGUAUUUCAGGGGACCGAUGCCCCCAGGCGGCAAGCAGAUGUACAUGGUGAAGGAGUAUGUCAGGGGCGUCAUGCAGCGCACGACGAGUACCAUAGCCAAGAAGGGGCACCAGAUCACUGACGCCAUGAACAUCACGACGCCCUCCACUUAAGAUCGCAUUCAUCAUGUUUUCUUCAUCUUCGCAAUAAUGUUCCGGUACAUCCGGACUCCACCCCCAGGUGGCAUGCAGGUCUUCAUGGUGACGCGGAGUAUGGGAGGGUCGCACUAGAGAAUUCUCAUUCGUUUUCCUUCUCUCUCAUCUUCGCAAUAAAUGUAACGGCACAUCCAGAUACCACUACCUCCAGGUAGGAAGGAGGUCUUUAUGGUGAAGAAGCACGUGAGAGUCACACUGAAGAACGCAUGCAUCCUUUUUGUUGUCUUCCUCAACGUCGUAAUAAUGUACUGGUACAUCCGGACUCGACUCAGUCUGUUACCAGGUGGCGAGGUCUUCAUGGUGAAGAGGAGGAUGUGAGGGUCGUCAUCCAGCGUAUGACGGGAAGCAUAGCCAAGAAGGGGCACGAGGUCAUGGAUGAUAUUUAGGACUCGUGAAUUCUUUUUCUCUUCUUAGAACCAUAGCCAAUAAGGGCAACGAGCUCAUGUACCUACUGAACUCAUGAAUCAUCCGUAUCUUCCUAAUAACUUAGAUUCCAUAGCCAAGAAGGGGCACGAGCUCAUGGAUCUUCUCUGGAAGUGACGCAUCUUCAUCUUCACUCUAUCUUAGAACCUCAAGAAGCAUAGCCAAGAAGGGGCACGAGGUCAUGGAUCAGUUUAGGACUCAUGAAUCAUCUUCAUUUACUCCUUAGAACCAUAGCCAAUAAGGGUGCUUACGUACCUUUUUAGGACUCGUGAAUCAUCCCCUAUAGGAUCCAUAUGCCAAGGAGGGGCACGAGCUCAUGGAUCUUCUCUGCAAGUAAUGCGUCUUCAUCUUCAUUUAGAACCUCAAGGAGGGAAGGAGGGACUCUUGCCUCUAUUUAGGACUUGAUGAUCUUCGUCUUAGCAUCGUUCUGCAUCGGCUUUCAUGUUCAUCGUCUGCUUCGGAAUAAUGUAGUAGGGUUGUCGAAAUGCAUGGGAGAUGUGAUAUGACAGUGACAGUGAGGUUUCCUCUCUCAACCUGACGUCAGAGUCUCAGCCUCAGGUGAUGUGUAGUGCAUUGGUAGCGGGGUAUAGACAAACUAAUGAGUGGGAAAGUAGUCGACGAACGACGAUAGUAGUGGCCAACAGGUUAUGAUCUGAGGUGCGAGCGAAAUAACUUCGUCGAAUAACCACUUCAUAGAUGCUACUGCCCUACACAGGGUUGAGAGUUUCGCAGUCUGCAGGGGUUCAGUUAAGUCUUCUCCCCUUGUCUGCUCUGUUAAUAAAGCAUUGGGUCUGGCUCCACUACACUGUACUCUAGAAAGAAAGGGUUUCGCAGUCCGCAGGGGUCCACCUAAGUCUUCUCCCCUUGUCUGAAGCAUUGGGUCUGGCUCCACUACUCUGUACACUAGAUAGAUAUCAUGUCCUUGAAAGUCAUAUAGUCCCAAAAUCGCUGAAAUUCCAGGGGUUUACCUUUCCCCUUUGUCUGCGUCUGUCGAAGCGAUUUUGACAGAGUUCCAGAGUUGCUGAAAUUCCAGUGGGACCGGGUCCACUACUAUAUACUCUAGAAAAAAAUCAAUAGUCCUUGUAGAAUCGCUGAAAUUCCAUGAGUCGUUUUACUUACGCUAGAAGGGGGCAUUUUGACCUUGGCAAGCAGUAGCCUAUUAACUACGGUAGCAGUGGACUACCGGUUUGUCCGCUGGGAUUCAGGGUCCAGAAAGCAGGCGCGACAUUCAGGGUCCUCCUAACCAGCCUUCGGUGGACAAAUGCAGAUCGAUGGUAAUCUUGUGCAUUUUUCCACAAACACGCCCAGAUUCGGAGUCUUAUUUCCAGAGGGACCUUCCCCUAAGAGUUGGUGCGGGCAGGGGCACUCUUGUAAGUCCAGGGUGCACUUUGGGAGCUUCUUACUUCUCUUGAAAGGUAUUUUAAAGAGGGACUCUCAACUGUGGAGCGACUCCUACCGUUGACUUUGUUGAACGGUAUCUUUAGAACCUGGUUUCGGAGGGGGAGGGGUACUAGUUUAAGAGGGCCUUGGUCCACUAUAAUACCACUCUCUAUGCAUUUGGAGGUUUUCUGGACCAAUUGCAUUUGAGGAGUCCAAUUGCAUGCGAUAGGUCCAGAUAGCGCCGGAAUUUAUGUCGAGUACUGUGUAGCGGAGCGAGGUCUAAAGUGUAGUGGAGCGAGACCUGUUGUUCCAAACGCUUGACCGAUAUCAGCGAGGUGUAAGUGGAGUCGUGGCGGACUGACAUAUGUAGUCUAUGGUGUAAGUGGAGUCGUGGCGGACUGACAUAUGUAGUCUAUGGACUUUUAAAGCCGUGGCGGACUGACAUAUGGAGUCUAUGUGUAAGGUUAGUGGGGCGAGACCUAUUGCUGACUUAUGGACUUUUAAGGUUGACUCGGAGACCUAUUGUUUCACCCUGGCAGUGACCGAUGUCAGCUUUAGGUGUAGUUAAACCGCUUUUGGAAUUGCCGACCUAUUGUUCCAAUCCCCCUUACCGAUAUCAGCUCUAGGUAUAGUUAAACCGCUUUUGGAAUUGCCCGGUUGAUGUCAACCAUAGUUAGUCUCAGUUAAGACCGAUGUUAGGUUAGCUAGGGAGGGUGAGGGGGAGUAUGCAAAUGUGCUGUAGGUAGGAUAGAGAGGGUGAGCAUUCAAAUUUGCUGCCUGUGAAGUAGUUAACAGCCUAGUACGAGAAACAUCGACUGCCGUGGCUCAAAGCGGCCCACUGCUAAUGGUUGAGUGAUUGGUUCAGAAUGAGCUGUCCUGAGAGUGGUAUUUUCUUCAAAUUGGCUGGCAUGUUAUUUGGUGAUCUUGAUCUGACCUGUCAUGGUAUUUUCAAAUAUGCCCUAGUGCUUUUUUUUUUCUUUAUUUCUUUUUUUUGCCCUGCGGGGAUGAUGGACGGUGCACUGUUUUGUAGUUUGAAAGAGACAUGGCACGGCAUUUGGUCGG